AUGCUGCUGAGGCUGAGCGGUGGGCCCAACCGGUGCGCUGGCAAUGUGCAGAUCUUCUAUUUUGGAAGCUGGGAGAAGGUGUGUGGGCACCUGUGGGACAUGCAGGAUGCCGAGGUGGUGUGCAGGCAGCUGGGCUGUGGCUCAGCCCUCGCAGCCAUGCACCRCUUCCCCUCGGACGACUUGUACCCRUUUGUGAUGACCGAGGUGAACUGUGCUGGCCACGAGAGCUACUUGUGGCAGUGCCCCUACAACUACCAGUACCAUGUCUGCCACCAUGGAGAUGCUUCUGUCGUGUGUUCAGACUCGGGAAUGGCAGUGCCUCCAACAACAGGGUCCCCCUCGUGUGGUGCCUUACUUCAGGGAUUGUCCGGCUCCUUCCAGAGCCCGGGAUACCCCGGCUCCUACCCCAACAACGUGUCCUGUGUGUGGCACAUCCGUCUGUGGGAUCCCGACCGCAGAGUCCAGCUCCAGUUCACAGAUGUGGGGCUGGAAGACAGCAGCUGCCUCUAUGACACCAUUGAGGUGUAUGACGGAGGGCCCUCUCAGGGCUGGAGCCUCGGGUUUGUGUGCAGGGACGACCAUCGAGUCUUCAACUCCUCCGGGAACGAGCUCACCGUGCUGUUUCGCAGCGAUGGCAGCGCCACCGGGAGAGGCUUCCACGCCUACUACUCAUCAUUUCCUGCCUACAACAGCACCAUGGAUUAUUCGUGUGGUGGCUUGCUUUCCUCCUCAUCUGGUUCCUUACAGAGUCCAUUUUAUCCCAGCAAUUAUCCAAACAAUGUCAACUGUGUGUGGGAAAUACAAGUAAAGAACAACUUCCUUGUCACACUUGUAUUUGAAGAUAUUCAGAUGGAAGGUGGCCAAUGCCUCUCUGACUACGUGGAAAUCUACGAUGGGCCCGUCCACACCUCUCCUCUCCUGGGGAAGAUUUGUUCUGGUUAUUACCACAGUUACACAUCUUCCUCAAACCUGCUGACUGUCCUCUUUCACAGUAACUCUCGAUACACAUACAGAGGGUUUCAGGCYUACUAUUACUCCACUCCAGCUGAUGAUAACACCGCACUGCUGUGUCUGCCAGACUACAUGCGCGUAGUUGUGAGCAGAUACUUCCUUCAGUCCCAYGGAUAUUCUGCUUGGAAUCUCAGCCUGAGCGACCCCUUUUGCACACCCAACAUCACAUCAGAGCAUGUGACAUUCGACAUUCCAUACACUCAGUGUGGCACCAUCAGACAGGUAAACAACAACACAAUCACCUAUUCCAAUGUUAUUAGAGGAUUCUCUUCUGGUACAUYGCCCUCAAGAAAUAAAAAUCUUCGCUUGCAUGUCAACUGCAAGAUGCUCCAGAACACAUGGGCACAACUGAUGUAUGUAGCAAACGACAAUCUUGAGGAAAUCAAUGAAACUCAGUAUGGCAGAUACGACGUGAACCUCACGUUUUACAACUCCUCCAACUUCUUACGGCCAGUGUAUGACUCACCCUWCUACGUCAGCAUCAACCAGAGUUUGUUCCUGGAAGCUCAGCUGCACAGCUCUGAUCCAAACCUGGUGUUAUUUCUACGCACUUGUUUGGCAUCUCCCAGUAGCCACAAUUCUACUGGAGCCCAUGCCAUCAUCAAGGAUGGGUGUGUUCGAGAUCCUACUUAUGCUACAUAUUAUUCACCCUACAGACACAUCCUCCGGUUUAAAUUCAAUGCYUUCCAGUCCUUUGGGAGCAGUCCAUUGGUUUACCUGCAGUGUGAGCUGGUGGUGUGCAGGGCCUAUGAUUAUUCUUCCAGGUGCUACCAAGGCUGUGUUAAAAGGUCCAAGAGAGAGGGAUUGAAGGGAGUCUUGCUGGCAGAUGCAUCUGAGGACCAUAGCUGUAGUUUGAGGGAAAACACUGAUAAAGCAGAGCAAGAUCAACAGAAACUCUCAGCACUSCUGGAUGUURCCUCAUCUAAUCCACAAACAACGAAUCCUUCCCGAGAAGAUACCACCAUCUCUGAUAUGCUCAGCGUAACGUCCUCUGCUCCUCCAGAUACCACCAUCUCUGAUAUGUUCAGUGUAACGUCCUCUGCUCCUCCAGAUGCCACCAUCAGACUGGUGAACGGCAGUAACCGCUGCGAGGGUCGCAUUGAGAUUUCACACUCUGGGGGCCAGGGCACUGUCUGUGAUGACGACUGGGACCUGAAYGAUGCCCAGGUCGUGUGCAGGCAGCUGGGAUGUGGCCCUGCUGUUUCUGCAACAUCAAGCGCCUCCUUUGGACAAGGCAGUGGCAAUAUCUACCUGGACAAUGUGAACUGUGCAGGGUCAGAGUUGUCCCUCUUCCAGUGCAGCAACAAUGGCUGGGGYRYCCACAACUGUCAACACAGUGAAGAUGCUGGUGUUGUGUGUUCAGUUGCCACCAUCAGCCUGGUGGGCGGCAGUCACCGCUGCGAGGGUCGCGUCGAGAUUUCAAAAUCCGGUGUCCAGGGCACUGUCUGUGAUGACRACUGGGACCUGAACGAUGCCCAGGUCGUGUGCAGGCAGCUGGGAUGUGGCCCUGCCCUUUCUGCAACAUCAAGCGCCUCCUUUGGACAAGGCAGUGGCAAUAUCUACCUGGACRAUGUGAAUUGUGUAGGGACGGAGUCAUCCCUAUUCCAGUGCGGUCACAAUGGCUGGGGCACCCACAACUGUGGACACAGUGAAGAUGCUGGUGUUAAAUGCUCAGGUCAAACAAUUAUUUGCGGUGGCAUACUUUCYGAGUCCUCUGGAUCAUUUCAGAGUCCUUCUUUGAAUUAUCCAGAUAAAGCAGAUUGUUUGUUUCAAAUACAUGUAACAAACAAUUUCCGCGUUAUGCUCACAUUUGAUAACAUCCAGUUGCAAGGUGGAUGCCAGUAUUCCUAUAUUGAGAUCUAUGAUGGGCCACCCAACUCUUCUCCUUCACUUGGAAGAAUUUGUUCUAGUUCUACUCUCACAUACACAUCMUCCUCAAACUUAAUGACUGUCAAGUUUUACAGUGACUCCAGAUAUUCCAAUGGAAGUUUUCAAGCUCAGUAUCAGUCCUUUCCAGCAGACCAAAACACCACCCUUCUGUGCUUGCCAACCUACAUGCGUGCAGUGGUGGACAGACACUAUCUUCAGUCCCAGGGCUACCCAGUGGAGAGCAUCAGCUUGGCAGACCCUAAAUGCAGACCAAAUAUUACAUCAACUGAGGUUAUAUUCAGCAUUCCAUACAGCAGCUGCGGUACACGUAGGCAGGGCAACAAUGAAACAAUCACCUACUCCAACGUGAUAAAAGCGGCUGCUCCUGGUACAGUCAUCAAGAGGCAAAAGGACCUUUACCUGCACAUCAGCUGCAAAAUGCUGAGGGACACCUGGGUGCAAGCCAUGUACAUUGGUGAAGACAUCCAUGUCAGUGAAAUCCAGUAUGGCAGAUACGACGCMAACUUGACGUUCUACAAUUCCUCAUCUUUCCAGUCGCCAGUCAAUGACUUCCCAUACUACGUUGACAUGAAUCAGAAUUUGUACCUUCAGGCUUCUCUUCACAGCUCUGACCAAAAUCUGACGGUGUUUGUGGACACAUGCGUAGCAUCGCCUAAUUCUACUGAUUUUGUAACACUGUCCUAUGAACUGAUCAAAAGCGGGUGUGCUAGUGAUUCCACCUAUAUGCUUUUCCCCUCACCACGCAGUGAUGUUGCUCGGUUUGGGUUUAAGUCUUUCUCAUUUGUGAACCGAUUCCCGUCAGUUUUCCUGCAGUGUAAGCUGGUGGUGUGCAGGUACCACGACUACUCCUCCCGCUGCUAUCAAGGCUGUGUUAGCAGGUUCAAGAGGAAUGCAGAUUCUUCCCAUCAACAAGUGAAUGUUGUUAUUGGACCYGUGCAGCUUCGGGAAGCUCACGCUGAGAACAGGAACAUUGAGCUGGCCUCUGACAUCCAGGCUAAAAGGGAGACUGGGAGCYCAGUGCCUGCUGCCAGCUCCCACGUUCCUCUGGCUGUGAGCGCCGUGGUAGCUGCUGUUCUCACAGUGGGAGGAUUUCUUUUGAAGCGGAAACUGCAGAAGCCCAUCCCGUACCAGAUGAUGUGA